AUGUCGUCACUAAUCAUUAAUGACACUGAAACGCUUUUUCAAAUACUUACAUUCUUGCAGCCUAAGCUUAUUUACGAUAAGGCUGCGCUGAUGUAAUUAACAAUUAAUGAAUGAGGCUGAGUAUCUUAUGAAGAAUUUACUACUCUCCGAGAUCUCAAAAUUCUUAAUAUGAUACGAAAACCGAAUUCAAUAAUUGUUUUAUUAUUUAUUCAAAAUAAAUCUCAGUUUAAAAACAAUGCUAAAACAUGCUUACCUCCAUCGAUGUUCAGUUCAUCUUCGAUAGUGCGCGUUUAGGGUUGUUCAGCUCCCCAAAUAUUCUCCAGAUCUCCAGAUGUCGCCCUUUGAGUUGUGCUCUUGCUGUUCUUGCCAUGCUCUCAGCUAUAAUUUCCCCUAGUUCUUACUCUUGAAACGAGUGAAAUGUCAGCCAUUUUUUUGUUUUCACAACCAAAACAACUGAACCCCGUCCCCAGGUCUUCUCGGUUAACGGUGCAUUAACCUGCAAGAAAACUGCACUUAUCACCUCAUCGGUUCAUUAAACGCAAAAUUCUUCUAAAUCUUGUCAUCAGGAGCUGGUUAUGGUGAAUUAUGCGUGUGCUUUUAGCCAAUCAGAAUAGGGGAAACAUUUUGAAUGAAUAAUAAGGGUAUUUAACUAUAAUACUUUAUAUUUACUCCCCAGAAUGAUGGACGCUAAGUCAGAAAAUAAUAAAAUAAAACAUCUUUGUUUGUAAUUAUGUCUCCAAUGCUUUAUUGUGUUAUCUGCUGAUAACAGUGAGGCAGGUUUUCCACUUAAAUGUACAUGCAUGGGAGAUCUCUCACGCAGAAUAUUUUUUUGAAUAAAUUUGAUGAACAAAUCCGCAUACACUUGAACUGUACUUAAUCUUUCAGAAAUUGAACAAAUGCCACUGAAUGUAUGGAUAUUUGCCUGCAGUCAUCCAGCUUUACAACUAUUUCCUUUGGAAAAUUAGUAGCAAUUCACAUGGGGUGAACCCGAGACCUUUGCAACUUUCGCUACUAUUACUUAACAAUACCAGCAACCCGAUACUCACCAGUACCAGAUCUCAUCCCUUUCAUUUUAAGGCCAGGGACUGAGAAACAAUUUACUCCACCAAAAGAAGAUUGAACAUUGAUUAUUGAGGUUCUUCAAAAUUAGAGCCGGUGCGGACCCUUCCCCUCUGGCCUCCCCGAACAAGUACUCAAUUUACGUUAUUUUCUCUUUCCCCCAUCCCUAAACUUUUACGGGCCAUCCCCAACUCCCCACCCCCCCGCCCCUCCCCCCAAAGCUACUCAAGGUUCUGAGAUGCUCGUAUUUCUAGUAACCUUAGUACUUGUUCUGUGCACAAACAGCAACAACAGAGGAGAAAUCCAGGUGUUAAGUUUGAUCAACCUUACAAGGUGCACGUACCGGAUGUGCUUCCUUACACGGUGCAUGCGCAGCUUUUAGCACGUUUUAAAGUAGAAGUACGGUACCUAGUGUCGAUUCUCGGAUAUUGAUUAUUAUGUUUAUUAUUAGUUUUUGUUUAGAAGAGCAAAUAAUCUUAAUCUAAUCAUUACCACAGUUGGUGAGCUUGAGUUAUAGCUCUUACAUUUUUCCCCUCUGCCCAUGCAUGGCGCAGCCAAAAUUGUUCGCAUUCUUCUUUAAGAACCAUCCUGGGAUUCUCUGCGGCCCUUGUGUCUUGGUUGGGUAAAUCGAAGACAAGGCCAAUGUCGCUUCCGGAUAUAGUCCCGUUUAAUUUGAAAUGGGAUGUAUCCAUGGUGGCUCUGUUUCGUGACCGGUCUUAACUUAGUUAUGUGCUUAGUUAUCCCAAAUUAGACUUGAAACCCGCAAUUACCUAAACCAGAUGGUAUAUCUUGAGUAUUACUUAGACGGAGGGCAGAGCCAGUAGUUCAUAAAACAAGUCACACACUGUGAACCAGUGCCAAAAUGUCCUUUACAGUCACAGUAAUAAAACCGUCGACCGUCGGAUGGGUUGAUUUGGUUUGAAAGAAAGAAGAUACAUCUGGGCUCGGUCCACACACCAACUAGUCUUUGGUCCUAGACGAACAAACUGAAAGAAAGACACGUACCUUAAUCUGUAAGGAGAAAAAAGUACAAAAUCAAAAUGACCAAACAAAUUAAAGGACUAAAUGACCGUAAAUCCUUUAUGAAGCCUUCCCUCUCAAAUAAGCCCUUCCCCCCUUUUCAGGGAACAUACAUACAUAUAUCUAGCUGAAUUUUUGAAAACAUACCUCAAGACAGGCCAGAAUAUUCGCACAGGAACCUGGCGAUAGCCAGGUUUCUGGUCACUGCGGUGAGAAAAAACAUAGGGCCCUUGCUGUCUUGGUUGGUCUCAUUGUCAAGCUCAGUCCCUGAGCUAACUCUCCUCGGGUUGGAAAUGGGCCUCCAUGUCAAUCCCUAGUGGGGGAGGGUGCUGCAAAAGCGUGGUACCUUCCGUUAGUCUAGCUCUGGGAGAGUCAGUGCACUGGUCAUGUCUGCCUUUAGUUUGUCGUGUCAAAUUCUUGUAAUGUUUGAGGCCCAUUGGCCAAUGAAAGCAUUCCCCUAGCACCUGCUAGGCUGGGGUAGGGCGGGGGGGUGGAGGAAGUCAGGGGGGCUGAUUUAACCGCUUAGAACUAGGUUAAGUCUCAAGCAUCCUCCGUCAUUUAGGGCCCUUAAGCAGCUAGAGUAUAUGGCCAAGACCAGAGUGUCUUUUUGAUGGACUUCAAGGUUUCUUUUGCUAAUCAGGAACCAAGAAGAGAGUCACCUUAAGAGAACCAUGGCUAAGAGCUGAGUUACUUGGCGAUAUUUGUUUUAGUUGAGUCAGUUUAAGGUGUGUGGGCGCCAGGAGUCCGAUGGUACGGUUUUCAUAAAUCCGGCUAGAUGAUGUCCUUAAAUGCUGACGGGAGGGGAGAGAUGGGACGAAACUGGGUCCAAAGGAGGCAGAUUUGUUCCGAGGUGACCUCCUUCUUGGAAAAAACAGCAUUUCUCGUCAACAUCUAGCCGAAUUUUUGAAAACGUACCUCAAAACGGGCCAGAAUGUUCGCACAGGAACCUAGAUACCUAGAUACUAUCUCUUAACGCAUCCCUAUUUUUACUGUCAGCUUUUAAUUUUAACGAACAAUCGUUGAAGGUGCCUGAUGAGUGUGGUCCUACAAUUUCGGACCAUACGAAACAGCACUGUCGCAAUAAACGAUCAAUGAUUGCUCCUGAAGCCUUAACUCUUGUGAUUAUUAAUACAUACACACAAACAUACAUGUUUUAUUUAUUUGGCGCCUUUUACAAUAAAGAAAGAAAGUUAUGAAGCCCCCCCCGCCCCUCUCCCUCUCUCCCCGCUCCCUCCUUAUUCUUCACUACAAAAUGAACAAACAAUGAACUGACCUGGUAUGGUUUAUUCAUAUGCUGGAAGUUCCGAUUUGUUUUGAUCUUUCGUUGCAAGACCGCUAAUGUCGUGCGCUUGUAAUUAGCAUGUCCACUCUGUGUCCUACUUCUUUAUGGAGAAUUGAAACCAUCUUCGAAACAAGGAGUUCCUUCAUUUCGUUGAAUUAAUUACUAUGCACCCCCCCCCCCCCCCCCCCACCACACACAAAUUAAUAUCAGUUAUUAAGGUAAAUAUUUGAAUACUAAUAAAUCUACCUGGAUUUAUGAAAACCGGGUUCGCAAACAUUUUGUAAUUUCUCUCAACUUCACUUGUCUGAGCUUGUUUACUCUGUUGUUUGCUUAUAUCGAUUUUUUGUUUGUUUUGUGCAUAUAUUACAUUUACACAGGUUGGAAAAAGGUGUUUCCUGCGGAAGCACAAAACAAUGCCUCCAUUUUCAAGUCCUGCAGAAAGGCAACGGAAUUUUGAACCAUCUAGCCUGUUCACAGACGUUGUUUUAGUAAAGAAUAGACGGAUAUGUGUCGGAUACGUGUGGACGGGCAAAUCCGAUAUGAAUACGGAUACGUGUGGACGUGGAUAUUUUUUAAUCUGGGUAGAAGAAACUGCAGAUUCAAAAAUAUCCCGAUACGUGUGGACAGGGCCUAAGACUGCAAUGUUUGUAGCCCUUGAACACGAUUGUUUUCUAGCUAUUGUGACCGGAAUUUGGCAACCCUGCAUGACAGGCACGGCAGGUUAGACGUUACUGAUGCAUACGCUUACAAUAGGCUAGUCAGUUCCAAGUUACCCUAAAGCCUCCUUUUCAAAGUGAAGCUAAGUGCGAAACCAUUGAUAUGAAAAUAAAUUUUUAUUCUCAUGCAAAAUAAAGCUUAGUUAUCACAAGGAAAAGUUUUGCAUUAAGCUUCGUUUUGAAAGUGAGGGUUUUAGAACUCGAAAAUGGUCUAUUUAUUGUUUUUGGCUGAACGAAAUGCGAAACUUUGCCUUUUGGCCAAAAAGCAAGUGGCAAUUAUGUAAAACAGCUCCUAAAAAAAAUUUUUCGCCCCUUCGGGCCUCAGUUUAGACCAAAACUAACGGGGGUGGCCGGGUCCCCCGCCGGCCCCUCCCCUGGAUCAACCACUGAUACGGCACUAAUAUGAUAUAAUAUUAGAGGUUCAGGCCAGUCAGGGCCUGUAACAGCGGCACCCAACCACGGUUUUCCCUUAAUUACAUUGAAAAUCCUUUUUAGGAUAUCCAGAGUACUUUUACAGCUCUGGCAUUCUAGGCGGCGCUUUAAAAUUGUUAUCUGUUCGGUCAUCCUAGACGAACUUGAGUCUUUUCGAAAUUACAAGGGCUUCAGUAUCAUUUUCCCGAAAAUUUUAGAUGCAACUUAACGCGUUACGAAAAUGACAAUUUUUUUGAUUCCUCUUUCCAUCAAAUCUUUGAAUCCGACAAUUUUAGGUUCCCUUUUUUCUACGUAAGGUAGCCUAAUUUGGGAAGUGAAGCGUGAAAAAUUUAACUUUAGAAAAUCAUAGGGAAUUUAUCAGAUAAGCUUCGAAAAUUGUGCAUGAAUGGAAUGAUCAUCUAAAUUGUUUUAGCCGUCCUUAAAAGUAAUAGAAGUUCUAGUCAAUAUUUGCUUCUCCGAACAGAUAUUUUGCAGAAAAGAACGUUGGGUGUCCCUGUUAUAAUUUCCUGUCCAUUUAUAAAUAUCUCUUUGUCCCUUCCCGGGAUCCACCUUUACAAUUAAUCACAAGAGAUAUAUUUAGUUUGCUGUAAUAGUCAACAAAUCUUAUUGGCUUACUGACAGAUGCAAAUUGAACAAUGAAUAAUUUCAGCGCCUUUAACCUUUCAUACCAGUUACGCUAUAACUGCGUUUUUCACAAACAUGCGAACUCUAAAGUUCAAAAGCCUCCUUCACAAUUGGGUUUUUCGCUGCCGUCAAUCAUAAUUACGAUCACAAGCAACGAACCUGGAAACACAGAAACACACAAAACGGAUCGAAAUCCACUAAUCACAAAUCACAAACCUUGACCUUUUGAACCCGUUAAAGUAAAGUUUUGUUUCCUAAGAGGUCCGUUAAGAUGAUUGACGACACCGAAAAACCGUCAGUUGGCUUUUGAACUUCAGAAUUCGCAUGUUUGUGAAAAGCGCAGUAAUGGAGACGACGAACAUUCUAUAUUAAUAAUGAAACGUUUCGUCAAUGAUGUGUUGUUAUGUUACAUGAAAGGUGGGACUAAUUGAUUUAUUGAUUGAUAUUAUUUGCUCUAACUGUAAACCUUCACUUUUUUUUCUAUCUCUUCGGCACUCACUCACUUUUUCAUUAAACGAUAUUCCAAAGUUUGCCCUGCUUAAUUAAGUUUAUAGAUAUUUUGUAUAAUAACGUUUUGUAAGUAAACUGAAGCUUUAAAAUCUGAAACUUCUGGAUAUGCCUUUGUGUCUUACGGGUUUUCACAAAAACAACAUAAACCCGCAAUUAAUUUGCAAAUCAGAAACAACGUUAUUAGGAACAGGGACAUUUGCAAUACUCUUAAUAAGCGAGUGCUAUUGACUGCUCUUGGAAUUUGUGGACAGUCAGUGUUGUUUUAAACACCUUCCAAAAACGUUUGUUUCGACAUGAUUUAGAUGUGCAUUUAGCGUUUAUUUAGUAAGUUUGAUUAGGCAGCUUAAGUCUUCACCUGAUUUAGACUUCGAAGCAUUGCAUUUCUUUUCCACUAAGGAAUGCUCUACCCGAAGCGACUAGAGUGUGAAUAAAACUUGAAAGCAGUUUCAGUAUUACACUCAUUUUAUUGCCAUUGUCUAUACAGAGAGAAUUACUAGAAAUGCCUUCAGUUUAAGUCUUUGGCAGGGUUAGUCAUUCGCGCUCUUGCGUGAUAGACGCCAAAUAUUCUGAAUAUUAACGCGUAAGCAGAUUUUAUGAUGUUUGUGGUUUGUGCGCGUAAUUCAGUCUCAACUUACGUGUGUUCUGUACAUUUUUCUACCUUACGGACUAAACCUAUUUUUAAUUGAAGCGUCAGUGUAUAUUCAGCUCGAAUAAAGUAACCUGAGAGACACUGCUGUUUUAACGUUUCGUUUGGAGCAUUUCGUGCAGGGAGGUUGUUUCCGAGAAUCCGUUCAAAACAAGAAAGGGUUCGUCGCAAAGAAGCGAAAUUUGGGAUAGAAUAGCUAACACUUUGAAUACCUGUCCUGAGCCUGUCUUUGCUGUGGAUAAAAGGUCCAAAUCAAAGUGAAAUGAUGCGGCUAAUGCAAGAACAACAACAACAGCAGCAACAGCAACUCUUGGCGUCACAACAACUGAUGUUGAGACAGCAACAAGACCAAACUAAAGUACUGAUGAGUCUGCUGGACAAACUUGAGAACAAAUAGCUACCUAAUUCACUUAAAAUUCACCAGUAUUGCUGGUAUAGCUGUCGCUUGAUUUUGAAAACCACUUUGUAUAUUGUAUUAACUAUUGUCUUUGUUUUGACAAGAGUCACGACGAACUUUUCUGUGAGCGAUCAAUGUUUGUAUUUCAACAGUGGCACUACAUUUUUCUUGUGCCGAGGAGCCCGCCUUUUGUUAUGUUCUAUUAUUGCAGCUAUGUCAUUGGAUGGUGGCAUAUUAGAAAAUACGUUUUGUCUAGAGUAGUUGAAUAUUUUUUUUUGAAAAGUUGCAUUCUGUUUCGUGAACUGCAAUAAAAUUCUGUAUUUAUAGUCUGCUAUAAAAGAAACUAGUGAUACUUUACGUGUUCGAAAACUCCCUAGGAUAAAAAGGGCUGGGGAAUCUAGGGGAGGGAGUAUAUUGGGGCCAAAUAUUAAGCUCACAUUUCUAAUUUUAAAAUCUCUCUUGUAGGGUUAACAGUACUCCUCACUAAAAUCACUUUAAUGAUUAAGACACAAUCAAGUUGUAUUGAAAAAACUGUGAGUUGUAUCUCAGUCCCAAGGCUGUGGUCAUUAAUAACUAAAAAACAGGAUAAGGGGUAGGGGCGGGUGGUCAGUAGGUGGCAGGCAUUACAGUUUUUAUGUUAUAUAUUGCAUUAGACUCGAUAUAUUUUUCUAUGACUUUUUCUCCUUCCCCGUUGUGUUAUAAUGACCACAGUGUAAAUCUAUGGCUGUAUGACCUUUUGAAAAUGAGUAAUAAGAACGCCAUUGGGGCAUUUCAUUAUGUCUGGAAUAUCAAGAACUUCUCCGAGUAAAUAAAUAUCGUUCUUGAAAAACCGAAACUCAGCCUCAUAUGUCAUAGAAUCAAGAUCGAAGCCACCAUACUUCCAAUAAGGAAAUUCUAGAUUUUCAGAAGAAUUUAAAUCGUACACCAGGGUAAACUCUGUAUCAUCAAUUCUUCCAUCUUGAUAGGCAAACAAUAAAGCUUCCCUUGCCUCUCUGAAUGUGACCAUUUAUGAUGUAUAACUGAGUAGUUUGAAGGAUUUGCACAGCUCUGUCUCCGUCGUCGCGUUCGCAUCCGUAACUUUGUUUUUCCCGCGCUGGUGACGGCGAUCUCGCCCCGGGUAAAGUCCCUACUAAAUCAAAGCCAGUUACGCCAUUAAUGGAGACGACGAACAUUCUAUAUUAAUAAUGAAACGUUUCAUCAAUGAUGUGUUGUUAUGUUACAUGAAAGGUAGGACUAAUUGAUUUAUUGAUUGAUAUUAUUUGCUCUAACUGUAAACCUUCACUUUUUUUUCUAUCUCUUCGGUACUCGCUCACUCACCUUUUCAUUAAAACGAUAUUCCAAAGUUUGCCCUGCUUAAUUAAGUUUAUAGAUAUUUUGCAUAAUAAAUACUCUGAAUAAUGACACGUAAGCACAUUCUAUGAUGGUUGUGGUUUAUGCGCAUAGUUCAGUCUCAACGUACGCGUGUUCUAUACAUUUUUCUACCUUACCGACUAAGACGACUAAACCUACUUUAUUGAAGCGUCAGUGUAUAUUUAGCUCGAAUAGAGUAACCUGAUAGACACUGUUGUUUUAACGUUUCGUUUGGAGCAUUUCGUGUCAACCGAGCUUCUCAAGUAAUAAAAGGUCUAGUCUUUCGCAUUGAAAAGGCAUACUGACACCUGUCUCUUAUUUUUAAGACUUUAAGAGUAAUAAAUUGUUCCGACCCAAAAGAUGCGACUUAAUUCUCUAAACGUCUUUACAUGGUCAUCUUCGGGGUAUGCGUCUACUUGUAUAUUUGCAAAACAAUUUAAGUUUCUGGGAAACUGCAGCUAGACCUACCCCUCCCCUAAGCCAAAACUUUGCCCUAAUUAAGUGAGAAGCAAGUCUUAAUAUUGGCUUCUCUCAGGAGAGGGGUAGGUGUGCAGUGAGUGAUGAUAGUGAGUUCUUAGAAAGCUAACUUUGGAAUCAACUUAAGUUUCUGUGAAACUUCCCAGUCAGACAGUUACUCUCGAAACCAUAUUAAUUUAAUGGUGUCGAAACUCUUUAAAAUAGGCUCACGGAAGGAGACAAUACUAGACCUAUUAUAAUCAAACUAUACAAUUUGAAAUUGACAUAGAAUACAUAAAACGACAGCUAAAUAAGAUUGUUUGCAUGGCUUCACCAUCGUCCAAAAUGUUCAUGAGGCAUACUCAAUUUUCUGUUGUGUACCUUGACUAGAAAAACGAAACUGCGUUUUACGUGCGAUACUAAAUCAAAGGGAAUUUAAUCAGAUAAGCUUCGAAAAUUGCACAUGAAUGGAAUGAUCAUCUAAAAUUUUUUAGCCGUUCUUAAAAGUAAUAGAAGUUCUAGGCAAUAUUUGCUUCUCCGAACAGAUAUUUCAGUUGCAGAAAAGAACGUUGGGUGGCCCUGUUAUAAUUUCCUGUCCAUUAAAUAUCUCUUUGUCGCUUCCCGGGAUCCACCAUUACAAGAGAUAUAUUUAGUUUGCUGUAAUAGUCAACAAAUCUUAUUGGCUUACUAACAGUGCAAAUUGUAUGGUCGGCCAGUUGUUUCAAAAUUAUGACACGAUCGAUAUACGUGCUGUUUUUUUCCCACGUAUACUUGCAAUCAUUCCUGCUACACGAUAUACGUGGGUUUUAGUGCCACGUAUACUUGCGUUCUUUCCUGCUUUGUGGGUACAAACGCGCAUAUAUAUAUGCGCACAAAAAAGCCCCUUUUUAUGCGUUACAAACAAGCAUGUGGUAUAUGGGGUCACGGAAAGUCGUCGUAUAAGAGGCACCGAAUUUAUAUCAUCAGCAGAAAACCCCCUCAUGUACGAUGGAGCUGAAAGGUAACUUCGGUUUGAAUCAAUCAUGACUACAAUGGCCGCGUUAAUUUUGAGCAAGGUUUGGUUCUUAUUCAUUGCCCUCACAGUAGUGGUGGUUGUUGGCUCCCCGACAACGGAUUGAAUCCGUGGAUUGUCUCUUCAGAAACUGUGCACGCUAUUUCACAAAUGCUGGCCGAUCAAUUCAGUUAGAAAUUAGCUUCUGACAGGCCAAACGCGACUCAUAAGCUCGUGUGAUAAUGAGAAACAUGACCUUUAGAGUCUGCUUGAACAAAUCGGUUUUUCUCUCUCGCGCGCGAAUUAUCACCUUUUCUCCUCCACGAACACGUUUUAAGCGUCCUAGUCUCGAAGCUUUUUAUUCUUUCCCUCCAUUCACUCUAUAAAUUCCAUGUUUCUUGCCAUGUAUUCUCACACUUUAAUAGCCUUCCACCUGCCUCUCUUUCCUUGCUCCUCCACUUUAAUUGUGAAUUUCGUGAUUAUCUAACUCGUUCUCGUUUAACUUGCAUAAAAUGUCCCUCAGGUAUCAAUUUGGUAUUAGUCCUCAAGCCCCGAUUAUAUGAACGUAAAAGAUUACAAAGUCAAAGAUUCGAAAUUUAAAUAUCAACGUAUUAAAAUUGAAACCAAAUAUCCAAAUGGUAAGAAAGGUGAUUUAAUAAUUGAGACACUAUUUCUUUUUAGUUUUGGUGUAAAUGAAAAGAAAUCACAAGAGACCGACAAAUUGCUUGGGUAUUCUAUCCCUGUCUUCUUAUGGGAAAAAGAUAGUCAACCUAAUAUUGAAGAAAAAGCAUUUUUUGAAUCAAUAAAUAGUAUAAUAGAAAUUUGUCAACAACAUCUUGAAAAUGAAUACGGAGCAGAUUUAGCACCAACUCUGAAUGCUCCACUUUAUUACAAGCAGGUUGAGUAUACCGACAAGAAAGGGAAAAAGAAAAACAAGAGAGAUGAAACGGCUGCACCAUUACUUUAUGCAAAACUUAUUUACUCUGAAUAA